AUAAUUGAGUAUGCAACUGCAUACAAAACAGUUCUCACCACCAUCAAGAAAGAGUUUGAUGAGUUAAUCUGUGCCAUAAAUAAGAGUGACCAUGAUGCCAAGCUGGCGCAUGGGAAACUGAAGGCGGUGGUGGCCCAGCCCACCUCCCUUAUGUACUGUCAGAGAAAAGCUGUGCAGCUUCAGGAAAUGCAAGCGAGUCACUUCAAUCUUCUACCAUAGACACAAUGUGGCCCCAGAGUACAGGCUUAAACAUUGUUUUUUCCCCCCUUCCAGGAUUGCCAUCAUUCAGAGAGACACUGCAGAGCUGCAGGCUGAGCUAAAGAGUACAGGAGUGGAGGAGCAACAAGAGACCCUCGUUGCAUCAGAAGACCUUGGAGAGCAAGACACUAUGGCCCGUUGGGCAAAUUCCAGGCAUGUCCCUACAUUGCUGAACUAAUUUGUGCCUGUUUGUUUUGACUUAACGGUAUAAUGGCUGUAUGUACUGUAUACCCAAGUACAUAUUGUCAUGUCAAUAUGUCAUUCAUGAGCAGUGCUUACAGUAUAGUUUUUCCCAGUUCUGACAUUUGAUGAGUCGAUGAACCCAGCAGUUCUUGCAAAGCAUUUGGAGUACCUUGAGUGAAAGCGAGACAACCUGCAGAUUAAGAGGAAGAGCCUGUAUGUGUCUGUUUCCGUCAAGGCUGACCUGGACAAUAAAAUGCGGUCUGCCCUGGACCAGAGCGAUGAGCUGGCAGUAGAGAAUGAGAGACUCCAACUCCGGUGAGACUGUCUCACUUGUCUCAAUACUCACUAGCAUGAGUGUUAAUAGAAUACCAUUGAAAAGGCCUAUGUUGUUAUCAGUUCUUCUGGUUUUCUACAUACAAACAGAGGAAGUUUCUGAAUGACUCCCUCAUUAACUGGGAAAAGACAGGAAGAGCAGUCCCUUUGCUGGAGUUCCUCACCUCAUAACUGGAGAAUAUAUUUGAUCUGAAAAGUAUUUUACACUUCCACUUUAGCAUACAGUGUAUGUUAGUAUUAGUGACACUGACAGUGAAUACAGUUAUUCUACUUAUGAUAUGGGAGGCCUAUAAACCUCGAGAGCUUUUGUGUGUUUUGUAACUAUGAGAAGGAUUAUGAUACAGCAGCAAUAAAGUACUAUUAUUUCCAUGCUAGUGAGCGACACUGAAAUCCCCUGGCAUCAGUGCAGUAGUGUUUGAAGAUGAUGAUCCCAGCAAGGUCAAUGAAUCGGAGCUCUUGGUGGAUUACAUUGAAAGGUACUAUAGUUUUUUCUGAGUUUUAGUGCUAUGCUUUCAACCAAUGCAUAUGUAUAGAUCAGUGGUCACCAACCGGUUGAUCGACUGGUCGAUCUUCAAGGCAUUCCUAGUCGAUCACCAAACAUUUAUGUAGAAAAGCCUAUAAUAAAAGUCAUAAAGAUGCUACUUUAUUUUAUUUUUCGUGUUGCGCUGUUGGCGGUCGGUGCACUUGAUUCAGAAGCCCAGCCCAUCGGGUAGGCAAAGUGUUCCCAUUUUGAACAAUUUCAUUUGUCUGAAAAUACAAACUCUGCCUACCUGGCAGACCAGGAGAUCUGUGGCUAAAUAGAGUGCCAAUCGGAUAUCUCAAAUCACCAUGGCUACAGCUUCCACGACGCCGGCUACAGCAAAGUUUGAUGCUAGCCUACCUGAGAUUUCAUAACUUUUAAAACCAUGAUCAGAGAGAGACACAUUGAAUACAGCAAAGAGCUGCUGUUUUUAUCAGUGAGUUCUUGUUUAAGUUUUUUUUCAACACUAUUACAAAACAUAAUGUGCUUCUCCCUACUUCCACUCACGCGGCUGCAAUGAAUGAAAGUGUAUUGAUAGCCCUGUGUUCUUCUUCUUCUUAUUAUUAUUAUUAGCAGCUCGUGUCUAUUUUAAUAUUGAGGAAUAUUUCACAUUCUCUGGUCAUUGGAACAACAUUAAUUUGUGCACGAGGCAGAUGUGGUGCGACUCGAGUUUCGCCAUCAGGUGGAAGACGGUGUUGCCUCUCUGGUCAGUCGGAGGAAAGGAGAGAGCAUUGACGUCAUGAUUUGACCUUGUUUUAUUUCCAGAGUUCCCAGUUGUAUUGACCAUCAGAUGCAGGUACCAUCAGUCCAGUAAAAUAUUUGCAAAUUAUUUCAGUUUUUGCUCAGCUGGCCUCGCAAGUGCUACACCAACUGAUCUACUGUAUAUUGUUAUCAAAGCUUGAGUUUUGAAAUAUAAAAUGGUCUGAGAAGAACAAUCUUGGCAGACAAGGCAUAUAGCCAAUAUGCUGUGAUAAUGUAUUAGGCCUAUUGCACAAACCACAUUCCUACAGACCUGUUUUUAUUAGCUUAAUUGUACAUUUUUUAAGUCAUGUAAAAAAAAAAUUCUGAGUGGUAGAUCUCGGCUUGCUUUUUGAUUGCGAAAGUGAUCUUGACUCAGAAAAGGUUGGUGACCACUGGUAUAGAUAAUUGUUCUAUGUGUUUUGACUUCCUGCAGGUUCAUUGACCUAUGACGGGGUGAAUAUGAGGCAGCUGCUUUCCAUGCCGCCAAAUCCCAUCAUAGAGUCUUGGGAAACAUGGAGACAAUGGAAAGGUUAAAAGGUGGAUCUCUUUAUUGUCUAUCUUACACAGAGGUCAUAUAGUGUUGUGAUCCCUAUACACACAUAAUGUGGGUUAUUGUGAAGUCUCAACCAUAAAGUAACUCUGCAUCUUGUACAGGCACACAGCACAUAUGAGUCUGUAUGAACUGUUUGAACUGUUCUCUGUUUCCCCUAUAGCAGUCACAGUGUACAGGGGGAGCUGCCCCCUCUGCUCCUUUUCUUCCAGGCCCUCAUGAUAUCAGUGCAUGCUGGGAAACAUCUGCCCUGGGAGACCCUAGGGGGUCCGGUGUGCCAUACAGCACAACUUUGUAGAGCUGGUCACACACUGGGUCACCCAGAAGAGGUUAGCAUAUAAUUGUGUAUAAUAUGAGGGUUAGGGAUUAUCAGUCUUUUUGGUGUAGGGUUUGAAUGGUAUAGCUGGGCAUUGUUGUAGCAAAUAUAGAAUAAUCAAGAGAAAUACAGUAUUAGUAAACUCUUAGAAAAAAGGUGCUAUCUAGAACCUAAAAGUGUUCUCCGACUGUCCCCAUAGGACAGGGAUCAUCAACUAGAUUCAGCCGUGGGUCGAUAUUUUCUUGAGCGGAUGGUCGGGGGGCCAGAACUGCAAAUUGACCACAAGAAGCCCAAACAGAUAUGUUUGACUAAAACAAUCAUUUCAAACCUUGCUUACAUUUGUAUAUGAUCACGUGUCUCUCUAUUAUGCGUGGGAAUACUUGGGAACAGCUUUCUUAAAUUAAAAUCACUUGGUGCUGAUUUCCUGGUGUUUUUACAGUCUUAUAUGUACAACAAUGAAAAUUCAACAACACAUAAUCAACAAUAUAUAUUAUUUUUGCUGAGAAAACUUGGGGGGGCAAAUAAAACCAGCCCGCGGGCCGCCAGUUGGGGCACCCUGCCAUAGGAGAACCCUUUUUGGUUCCAGGUAGAACCCUUUUGGGUUCGACGUUAAACCCUUUCCACAGAGGGUUCUACAUGGAACCCAAAAGGGUUCUACCUGGAACCAAAAUGAUUCUACCUGGAACCCAAAAGGGCUCUCCUAUGGGGACAGCCGAAGAACCCUUUUGGAACCCUUUUUUCUAAGAGUGUAUGAGAGUAUAAGACAAAGGUGUGAGUGUUUAGAGCUCUAUGUUAUUGAGCUCUAUGUUACAGCUUUCUCCAUAACCCUCUCAGACUAACAUACAGCAAGGCUCUGGGGGAUGUGAGCAUAGAGACAGGAAGCCGCGAAUGGCCAACACAUGCCUGGCUCUGGCCGAUAUAGUCUACAAGGCCUGCGGCGUGCUCAGGAAGGCCACACUGAGCAUGUGCAAGAGAGGCAUGACCAGCAAUGCUAUGGAGUUCAUCUAUCGAAGCAAAGGCUUUACUGCAGGUGGGGAACACACUCUCACUCAUUUACAGAUACUAUUCACACACAUCCUAUGUAGUGUAUGUGUGAGUGACUCAGUGUGUGCAGUGUGUUUUUAAGUAAAUGUGUAUUGUUCUCUGUGUGUAUGUUUGUGUGCAGAUUACUGUCUGUUUGGCUGUCCCAGUUUGGCCCUGCUCCAGGCAUUGACUCAGGAGUAUCAGGGUCAGCCUGGAGUGAUUUCUCUGGGCUUUGCCUGCCAUGCUCUGCUCAACUCUGAUCUGGAGGUCCUGGCACUGCAGAUGGUGGGGAAGAUAUGUAGGCUACACGCACUAAUCAGCAGGGCAAGCACAUAUGGUCGCACACACGGACAAGUUGAACUGACCUGUGCUGCUGUGAUUUUCAGGUACUUUGGAGAAGGUGAUUCUGGAUGAUACUAGGUGUUCUGCAGUGGACUGGGGUGAGAUAGCGGGUCGCUGUGGCCAGAAGAAAGGGCCCUGCUGGCCCAGGAGAUCCUCUUCAUCCUGCUGUCUCAGUCAGGGACUAUGUACCUCUCCCCUGGCAUAGAGAGCUCCAGGCUGAUGGCACACGUGUUCAUGUAG